AUGGUGUGUCCAAAAACAUUAUCCACCACUGGUUCCUUGAACGAGGAUUUGCUAGGGAAAGAGAAGUUCGAGCAGCCCGAGCAAACGGUAGUUUCGUGUGUUUGUGAGAGGAAAAUGGCUUGCUCCAAGAAAAGAAAAGUUGACAGUGAAAAUCGUUCCUUUAAAGACGAAUGGACAGAUAACUAUGCCUUCAUUCUCCCUGCAAAAAGGUCAAAACCAGUCUGCUUGAUAUGCAGUGAAUCCAUUGCUGUUGUGAAAAGUGGCAAUGUGAGACUCCACUAUGAAACGAAACACAGUAACUUUGAAAAGAAUUAUCCCCAGAACACUGAGACACGCACAAGAAAAGUAAAUCAGCUCAAAUUACAGUACGAGAGGUCUACUAAUGUUCUCAUUAAUUCCAUGACUCUCCAAGAAAGAGCAGUUGAAUGUUUACUGAAAAUAGCGUGGAUUUUAGGAAGACACAAAAAAACAUUUUCUGAUGCAGAGAUGGUCAAAGGAUAUGAGUCAACAGAUGCAACUGACAGUGCCCAGCUUCUUGUCUUUGACAGAUUUUAUGAUAUUGCACAGAAGGGGUUCUGUGAGGAUCUGCUUGGUGUGGCAAGCCUGGAAGCCGGAACACGUGGAGAAGAUAUCUAUGAGGCUAUGAAAAUGAUGCUAACAGAACGGGGGCUUGAUCUGAAGUCCGCAGUUUCAAUCACUACAGAUGGCGCUCCAUCAAUGAUUGGAAGAGAAACGGGACUAGUUGGAAGGCUAAAAGAGGAUCAUCCUGACUUAAUAUCAUACCACUGCAUAAUUCACCAGUCUGUGCUAGUUUUGGAGGGGACUAUGCUGUGA